AGUCUUUGUGUUCGAGAAUGUUCCCGAACUCUCAGCCGAACUAAGACGAAGUUACCAUGCAUGAUGCAAUGUUCAGUGUUUGUAAGCGUUGUCUGACAACUUUUAGGUGGUUUAUAAUCGUGAAAUAAUAUUUCAUGGACGUGUGUUAUGACAUAUAAAACGUUUGUAAUUUCGGUAAAAUGCAGUGUGACACGAAUGUGAGCCGUGAUGACCGAAGACUACUUCCUGUUUUUCUAACCUCAAAUACUGACAACAUGUGGGCCGGACUCAGGAUACGAAGGACAAUGGUUCGGAUAUUGGUCACCCCUGAGGUGUUGCCAGUUCUCGGUCACGCCACUCUGUGGUCACUCUUCAUACUACAAUACUACUGCACUACACGGCGCAGGUCUGAGAGGGUAGACGCUUGCCGUCUGCGCACGCCAUUAUGGGUAAAAGUAGUGAGCGACGCCUGGAGAGACGCUGUUCCUUCGGAGACGCCGCUGGACGGAGGGCGCCGGUCUGCCACCGCUUCUUGUGGUAUAAAUGAAGUGCAAACAUGGAGAGAUGGCACUUAUAUCCACGCACUCAACAGUUUGUUCCCAAGAAAGGAUCGCAUAUUCCACAGACACUCGCAACUCAUUCUCUGAACAGAAAAAGAGUUCUCAUAAAGCUGUUCCAGGGAUUACUUGUUGUGGUGUUACUCAUUACAAUUGGCAUCAAUGUGAUGUUCAUCUUGGAUACAAGCAGACGUCUUCAUGAAGUGACCCCUACAACAGUGGGUGGAGGAGAGCUUGUUGAGGGGGGGAACAGAAGGAACAGUUUGAGACUUCAGGAAAGUCAGCCCAAGUCGCUCGCCAUCGAAGUUUUGUCCAGCCAAUCGAAAGUGUCAGUUUCAAUAGAUGGAACAACGAUCCUGGAGGACGGAGAGGAACACAAGGGACGAGGGAUACACGUGAUGGUCCUGAACCAGGCGAGUGGCAGCGUCAUGGCCCAGCGCGCCUUCGACACAUACUCGCCGCACGAGGACGAGGCCAUGGCCCUCUUCCUCAACAUGGUGUCUGACGGCAGAGUCAUCAUAUUCACCAUAAAGGACGAAGGAACUUUCCAGAUGAAGCAGCCUGCGAGAGAUCUUCUGAAGAGGCUCGGCUCAAAGCGAGCGCAGGUCAUUGGUUGGAGAGAUAUGUGGGCCAUGGUAACACAGAAAGGUGCCAGGAUGUUUGGGGAGUCGUACAGCAAGAGUACCGAUUUCAACACCUGGGGGGCCCCGGCAGUUCUUCGGACAGAAGUGCCACUAGUUCCUGUUGAAGCGAGUGAAUGUGAUUGGGUGGAUACGGAAGAAAACCGACGAAGGAGAGAAUUCUGCAAUCAUAUCGAGGGCUAUGGCAGCGUCUGCAGCUGUACAGAUCCAGCCCCGUUGUUCUUUAACCCUGAACCUGUUGUGAAUAAUGAAGUCCGUGAUGUACCAGUAGCAAUAAUCGCAAGCAACAGGCCCCACUAUUUAUACAGGAUGCUGAGGUCUCUUUUAUCGGCGCACGGAGCGAAUCCAGAGAUGAUAACAGUGUUUAUUGAUGGUUACUUUGAGGAACCUCUUGAGGUUACAAAACUCUUCGGACUUCGAGGAAUUCAGCACACGCCUAUCGGGGUUAAGAACGCCCGAAUAUCGCAGCACUACAAAGCAUCUCUCACUGCUACGUUCAAUAUAUUUCCAAAUGCCAAAUACGCGAUUAUCGUGGAAGAGGAUUUGGACGUAUCCCCAGACUUUUUUAGUUAUUUCAGUCAGACACGGCGAUUGCUGGAGGAGGACGAGACGCUCUACUGCAUCUCUGCUUGGAACGACCAGGGUUACGAGCACACGAGCGACGAUCCAAGUUUAUUAUACCGGGUGGAGACGAUGCCGGGCCUGGGCUGGAUCCUUAAAAGAUCUCUGUAUAAAGAUGAGCUCGAAUCCAAAUGGCCGUCGCCUGAGAAGAUGUGGGACUGGGACAUGUGGAUGCGGUUACCCGAAGUUCGGAGAGGCAGAGAAUGCGUGAUUCCCGACGUGUCUCGAACAUACCAUUUUGGUGCUUCGGGUCUGAACAUGAAUUCAUACUUCCAAGACGUCUAUUUCAAGAAACAUUCUUUCAACACGUUGCCGCAUGCAAAGCUCAAAAACGUGGACAGCUUGAAGAAGAGUAACUACGAGGAGUUAAUUGUGGGCAUGAUCAAGAGAGGAUUGAUUUUGGACCACAGCAAAUCACCGUGUGAAGAGAACUUCAUACCAGACAAUAAAGGUGAAAUCAUAAUUAUGUUCAUAAAAAUGGAAGAACCGAAGGAUUUUGUGACAUGGCUCCAAGUAGCCAAGUGCUUCAGGAUUUGGGAUCUUGACGUUCGGGGUUAUCACAAAAGCAUGUGGAGACUUCACAUGAAGGGAAGCGAAAUGCUCGUCAUCGGAGUUCCGAACUCGGAGUAUGCGAGGUACAAGCCAUCCAACAUUACCCCAAUUUACUUGGGACCUCAAAAACAAAAAUCCACAGUUAGAUAGCAGGAUAAAGUAGUGUUUAGAAACUAUGUCUAUCCACAUUUUUCGUGAAAUUAAGUCAUCUCAGUGUUAUGUCUGUAGGACUCGCAGGUUCUUAUGUUAAGAUCCCCCCCUCCAUCUUCAGUGUGCCAAGUAUUUUGUGAGAAAUUGUGUACAUAAUUUAUCUCCGCAGAAUGCCAAAAUUGUGUGAUAUGUGUUCUCCAUAUUCGUGACAAUAAGAACCUACUCGGUAGUUAUAAUGAUAUGACUGAUAUGUGAGGACAGUCCGAAGACAUGAGAAGUAACUUUAGAAAAUAGGUGUGUUUAGUACGUGAUGAAUAAUUAAUACUUCUUCUUCUAUGGCUCUCCGGUCCGUAUUCGGUCCAUGGCCUCCUCAAUUCUCCUCUUCCAUUCGGUCCUCUGUUAGGUCCGUCUGUCCGAGGCUUUGAUCGAGGUUUCGAA